AAUCUGAAAGUGAAAGUAAAAAGUCCUGUUGGUUGCAACAAAAAUCGAGCUGAAAUUGGUUCAGGAAGAUAUAUGAUGUGACACGAUGACGGAGAUCUUGAAUCUGGGAUUAUACUACCUUGACAAAGCAGUAACAAAUCUUGGCUAUCAGAGGAAAGAUUUGGAGCAAACUGCCGGCGAAGUUACGGAAACUGUGAGAACCAAAGCAAGCGAGGCCAUGACUUUUCAUGGAUCAAGGUUUUUCCUCAGAAUCGGCGGUUUAUCCGGUGCUGCGGCUGUUUCAUUGGCCGCUUAUGGUGCACAUGCAUUUAAAGCUGAAGAUGAGAAAGGAGAACAAUUGAAAAGGACUUUUGAAACUGGGAACAAGAUGCAUAUGGUGCACUCCGUGGCUCUGAUGUGUUCCCCACUGUGUGGCAGGCCCUACUUAACAGGAACUCUGUUGACGGCUGGAAUCCUGCUGUUCUCAGGGAGCUGUUACAUCCACGCAAUGACAGGGAACACAAAGAUACGAUACGUCACCCCCUACGGAGGAUUCACGCUCAUUUUUGCAUGGCUGAGCAUGCUGUUGUGAUUUUUAUAUUACCAGUAAUUGAACUUUAUUAUGGACAAAAAUGAUUUAAGAAGAAAUUUCUUAAGAUUGACAUAUAGAAACAUGAGUGAUGUUUUGAGGUGUUGUUUAUGCACUAAAUAAAGAGAUUUUUUUUUAUUAAUUU